UGGAGAGAAACAAGAUGAAAGCAGGCAACACUCCAGAGGGACCCUUCCUCCUCCUUUACAUGAAAGCAUACAAGAAGGAAGGGAAAUGUACAAAUGUACGGAGUGUGCAGAAAGCUUCGAUACAAGCCGCUCCUUUGCAUCACAUAAAAAAAUUCACAAAGCAGAGGAUCCACACAAAUGUCUGGAUUGUGGAAGGACCUUCAGGCAGAAAAAUCACCUUAAUUCACAUAAGAGGGUCCACGAAGAGAAGCAGCAGCAUCAAUGCAUCACCUGUGGAAAGACCUUCAGAACCAGCACCUCCCUUACUUCACAUCAAAGCAUCCACAGAGAGGAGAAGUUGUAUCGACGCAGGGAGGGUAGAACGAGGUUUACUUGGAGCAAGGAACUGAAUUCCCGGAAAAAAAGCCCCACUGGGAAUAAAUCAUGUAAAUGCCUGGAAUGUGGGAAGAGCUUCCGCUAUGCAAGUGAUCUCACUUAUCAUAAUAGGACCCAUACAGGGGAAAAGCCGUAUCAUUGCACGGAGUGCGGAAAGAGCUUCACACAAAAAGGCAAUUUCAAUUUACAUAAGAGGGUCCAUACCGGAGAAGAGCCAUAUAAAUGCACAGAGUGUGGGAAAUGCUUCAAGGCCCCAGGUAACCUUACUUCCCAUAAAAGAAUUCACACAGGGGAGAAACCCUAUGAAUGCUUGGAGUGUGGAAAAAGCUUCAAUAGACGUGAUACACUAACUAAACAUAAUAGGAUGCAUAAAGGGGAGAAGCCUUAUAAAUGCUUGCACUGUGGAAAGAGCUUCAGUCAAAAAGUUCAUCUUAAAUCACAUGAGAGGAUCCACACGGGGGAAAAACCAUUUCAAUGCAUGGAGUGUGGAAAGAGCUUCCAUUUCUUAUCAAACCUUACUGCCCAUCAGAGAAUCCACACGGGGGAGAAGCCCUUUCAAUGCCUGCAGUGUGGAAAGCGCUUUGUCAGUUCUAGUGGCCUUCAUGCCCACGAACGGAUCCACAGAGGGGAGAAACCAUACAAAUGCCUGGAGUGUGGAAAGAGCUUCCGUAAAUCCAGCCACUUAAUCUCCCAUAGAAGUGUCCACAGUGGAGAGAAACCUUAUCAAUGCUCUGAGUGUAAGAAGUGCUUCAGUAAAUCAUGUAAACUUACUCUCCAUAAAAGGACCCACACGGGUGAAAAGCCCUAUAAAUGCACCGAAUGUGACAAAUGCUUCGCUGAUUUGAGUGCUUUCUCUCGUCACAAAAGGCUCCACACUGGGGAGAAACCAUAUGAAUGCCGCAUGUGUGGAAAGAGCUUCAAUACAAAAAAUGGCUAUGUUGUACAUAGCAGAACCCACACUGGGGAGAAACCAUAUCAGUGCCAGGAGUGUGGAAAAUGCUUCAGUGAUUCUGGAGAACUGACGAUCCAUAAAAGAAUUCACACAGGGGAGAAACCAUAUAAGUGCAUGGAGUGUGGCAUGAGUUUCAGAAAAAGUGGAUGCCUUGGUAGCCACAAGAGGACCCACACUGGGGAGAAACCAUACACAUGUCAUGAGUGCGGAAAAAGCUUUAGUCAAAGACAUUCACUCAAGAUCCAUAGAAGGCUUCACUCAGGGGAGAAACCCUAUAAAUGCCUGGAGUGUGGGAAAUGUUAUAGAGAGAGUGGCACUCUUACCUCCCACAUGAGGAUCCACACAGGAGAGAAGCCGUUUAAAUGCAUCGACUGUGGAAAGAGUUUCCGACUCAGCAGUCAUCUUACAGUCCAUAAGAGACUCCACACAGGGGAGAAGCCUUAUGAGUGUGUGGAGUGUGGAAAGAAAUUCAGAACCGGGAGUGACUUUAAUCGCCAUAAGAAGGCGCAUAGCAGGAAAAGACGAUGCUAAUUGGCUUGUGUUGAUUCUCAAAAUUUGCUUCAUCCCCACAGAAGUGUCCCAGGACAAUCUGUAGAAAUACAUGGCAUAUGGGAAGGGCUUCCAAAGCAACAGAAGCUUUUCAACCCACUAAAAAUAAGAGUUGCGUUGUAUAUUUAAGCCACGCCAGAACAAAGAGAAAUAGGAUCUUCAGUGAGCACUUCACUGGGAGAAAGAGACGCAAAAGAAUGAACCAUUAAACCAAUACAAGACUCAAGUUUUUUUGUCAAAAAUAAACACUGGAUGGUUGGUGUUGUGUCUGCACCAUCUAAAAUUGGUUGGGUUUAACUGAUUUCUAGUCUGAGAUAUGAUAUUGAUUGUGUUUGUUUUCUGUUAAUGCCCUAACUUGUACAGUAGCUAAAGGCUUAGCUUACACAUCUCAGAUAUGCCAGUUCAGGAAUUCUGGAAGUUGAAGCCUACAAAUCAUAAAAAGGCAAAGAUUCACCAUCCCUGGUCUAAAUAGAAGGAUCCUUGGUGAUUCAAUUAACAGGUUAAACUUAGAAUAGGGGCGUAAAUGCUUCAGCUUGCUAAAUUAUAACCCCAAAUGUACUACGGGACAAGACAAAAGGCACAAACAGGAAAGAGUUGCCCCUGUACACCUCUAAAAAGAAGACGUAUGCUGUUAGUAAAAUAGGAAGUAUCACGGAAAACUAUGCUCUAGUACUGCUGAAGCGACAUUUAUGAAAGUGUUGCAGUUACUCUGUGUACAUGUUAGGAUAGUUUUGCUUAGCUUUGUAUUAUGUACACUAAACUGUUUCAACUCCUACCCUCAAAACGAUGCUAUAGAGCAGUGGUCCCCAACCCCCGGUCCGCGGACCGGUGCCGGGCCGUGGAGUACCUGGCACCGGGCCGCGCAGCGGCCGGGGGACAUGAACGCUGCAGCGCAAAGGCUCCUGGGCUGUGCGCAAUGGGCCGUGCGCAAAAGCUCCUGGGCCGUGCCCCCACCCCUGCGCGUGCUCAGCGGGCCGCGGCGAUAAAAAGGUUGGUGACCACUGCUAUAGAGCACUGCACACCAGAACAACUAGACACAAGAACAGUUUUUUCCCAAACUCCAUCACUCUGCUAAACAAAUAAUUCCCUCAACACUGUCAAACUAUUUUUUCAGUCUACACUACUAUUAAUCUUCUCAUCGUUCCCACCACCCAUCUCCUUCCACUUAUGACUAUAUGACUGUAACUUUGUUGCUUGUAUCCUUACGAUUUAUAUUGAUAUUGUUUCCUGAUUGCUUAUUUGUACCCUAUGACUAUCAUUAAGUGUUGUACCUUAUGAUUCUUGAUGAACGUAUCUUUUCUUUUAUGUACACUGAGAGCAUAUGCACCAAAAUAAAUUCCUUCUGUGUCCAAUCA